CAGCAAUGGCAUCACAUACUGCCAUAAGCGGGUUUUCCUAUCCCGGUGAGGUAUUCUGCUUGCAGCGCGUCACCCAAAUUAAGUCGCUAUCUAUUUUCCUUUUUCUAGUUUCUAACUUGAAAUGAUCUUUUUUUUUACUCGAUUUUCCCUUCUCUUUUAAAACGCUGUAGUAUUCUAUAAUAAGCUUUGGCUUCAUAUAUCUUAACGCCUACUAAUUAUCUAAGAAAUCAAAUCUUAUAUUUCAACUCGUACGGGAACAAUGGCUGAUAAUAUACAAGUAGGUGGCUAUGAAGACCCUUUCGUUGUAAAAGACGCGGGGGGGAAGGGGAUGGGCUGUUACGCAACGAGAGAUAUCAAGGCCGGCGAACGUGUGCUUGUGGAAAGGUGCCUCCUCUGGCAAGUAAAUCAUACGGAUAUUUAUGAAAGAACCAACAGUCUACUCCGGUCUUAUUUAGCACUGAGUGAAGCAGAUAGGGCAAAAAUUCUGGAAUUACACUCGGACAGAAAUCCCAACACUAGAUUUCGAAACGAAGCAGCAUUUGAGAAUAGCGGCGAGUUAAUAACAGCUGAUCAGCUUGAUGAAUGCGUCACCGUCAGGCUUGUUCAUGCUGCCAACAACUUCGAGAUAGAGAAUUCUAAGAAAGCCCCGGACGGGACACAAAUUCCCCCUCGAUCUGGCGUCUUUAUUAAGGCAAGCAGAUUUAAUCACUCCUGUGAUCCUAAUUGCUGGUACACUGCAACUGCAUGGACGGGUCAUUUUAUCUGUACACCAAUGCGGCCCAUCAAAAAAGGCGAGGAAAUCACAAUCAGCUAUAUACCUAACCAAGCGCCCAGGGAAAAACGGCAGGCUGCAUUGCGGAAGUUCUGGAAAUUCGGAUGUCUAUGUAAUAGAUGCGAAGGAUGGGAUCUUGAUUACGAUGUUCAACUCGAGGAAGCAUACAGGCUCCAGUAUCCCAAUGCCGACGAAGACACAUUAUUACCAGGCUUUAUACAAGGGGGGAGAGAGGCGGAGGAGCGCCGUAUACUCCGGCGUGCUGAGCUUCUGGAAGCACUGCGCUGGCCUCCAGAGCUAUAUUUCGGGUACCUAGAUGCGGCGGAGUAUUUCGUCCAGCUCAACAAAGAACUCCGGGGGGCAGAUUUGAAGCAGAGCCUAGUCUACAAUCAACGAGCUGAACGUUACCUGGACAAUGCAGUGGCAGUAGGAGAAGAAGUUUGGGCGCCUGGUGAGAUAAUAUGGCAAGACACUAUAGACUAUGCGCAGAAGAUCAAGUUAAGAAUUGCUGAAAUAAAGAAAGCUUUAGAGGAGCCUAGUGGAAGCUAGUUUUUGAAUAGUUGAUGUAUAUAGUAUAGGGAUGUAUUGUUAAUUACUGGGGGAUGUUCCAAGGCCAUUAUAAAUCGAAUUAAUAGAUCUCUACUAGAGGUAACAUAUCACGAAGGACUUGAACCACAAAACUGUUUUAACAACUUGGGCUGUACAAGACUUGUUGAGGUAGUCUCCGUAUUAGGCUGCUGAGCCCAAGGG